AUGGCUCCGUCCAAGAAGGCCGGCAAGAAGUCUGCCAGGACACCGGGUCCUGGAGGCUCGCGAGCAAACGGAGGAGUAUCUAAAGCAGAUUGGGCGGACUCAUUCAAAAAGAAAGGUGCAGGUGUCUCGGAUAUGACUCUCCUUAGUACAAUAUCCAAUGAAGCUAUUAAUGAAAACUUGAAACAGCGGUUCGAAAAUGCCGAGAUCUACACUUAUAUCGGACAUGUCCUUAUCUCAGUCAACCCUUUUCGACUAUUGCCUAUCUAUGGGCCUGAAAUUCUUCAAUCUUACAAGGGAAAGAACCGAUUAGAAAUGUCUCCACACGUCUAUGCGGUGGCUGAAUCAAUGUACUAUAACAUGCGAGCUUAUGGCACUAAUCAGUGUGUCAUCAUCUCUGGCGAAUCUGGUGCUGGAAAAACAGAGGCUGCAAAGAAGAUCAUGGAAUAUAUUGCAGCUGUGGCUGGUGAAGAUGAAAGUGCUGGUACUGGAAAAGGUAUCACUGGUAUCAAAGACAUGGUUCUUGCUACUAAUCCACUUCUCGAAAGUUUUGGAUGUGCUAAAACCCUACGUAACAACAAUAGUAGUCGACAUGGCAAAUACCUUGAGAUAGAGUUUGGAGCUAAUGGAGAACCAGUAGGAGCAAUGAUCACAAAUUAUCUAUUGGAAAAGGGUCGAAUUGUGGGUCAGAUUGAUGACGAGAGAAACUUUCAUAUAUUUUAUCAAUUUACCAAGGGCGCUUCAGCUCAACAACGUGAAGAAUAUGGUAUUCAAGAGCCGUCCGCGUACUUUUACACAUCUCGAGCCGGUUGUUUAGAUGUACCACAGAUGGAUGAUGUAGAGGAGUGGUCCAAUACUUUACGUGCCAUGUCGACCAUUGGCCUGAGUGCGAGUGAACAAUCCAAUAUUCUUCGUAUGCUUGCAGCUGUAUUGUGGCUUGGGAAUGCUCAGUAUGCCGAAAAUGAAGAAGGAAAUGCUUAUGUGACGGACGAAAGUGUGGCCGAAUUUAUUGCAUAUCUACUUGAGGUUGAUGUUGGAAUGGUCAAAAAGGUUUUAACAACUCGUACGAUGGAGACUCAGCGUGGUAUGAGACGUGGAAGCGUUUACGAGGUACCAUUGAAUCCGGUUCAAGCUGCUGCGGCUCGAGACGCACUUGCUAAAGCGAUUUAUAACAAUCUAUUCGAAUGGAUCGUUGCACGUGUGAAUAUCUCGAUGAAGUCAAGGUCUCAAGCCAGUAACGUUUUAGGUGUAUUGGAUAUUUACGGGUUCGAGAUCUUUGACAACAAUUCUUUUGAGCAGCUCUGUAUCAAUUAUGUAAACGAACGUCUUCAACAGAUCUUCAUUGAAUUGACGUUGAAAAAGGAACAGGAGGAAUAUGCCUCUGAACAGAUCAAGUGGACGCCUAUCAAGUUCUUCAACAACAAGAUUGUAUGCGAUCUGAUCGACGAAAAACGUCCACCUGGCGUGUUUGCUGCUAUGAAUGAUGCUACUGCUACUGCACAUGCUGACUCCUCUGCAGCCGAUAAUUCAUUUGCUCAACGUAUGGGUAUGCUAGCUGCUAAUCCACACUUUGAGCCUAGAGGCAACAAAUUUCUCAUCAAGCAUUAUGCUGGAGAUGUGUUGUAUGAUAUCCAAGGAAUGACAGAUAAAAAUAAAGAUGCACUCGGAAAAGAUCUACUUGAACUCAUUCAAUCCUCUGCCAACACAUUUAUCACCGGUCAACUAUUCACCGAACGGGUGGAUCCGAAUUCAAAGAAAAGGCCUCCUAGUCAAGGCGAUAAAAUUAAAACUUCAGCCAAUGCAUUAGUUGAGAAACUGAUGCGAUCUCAACCUUCAUAUAUUCGUACCAUCAAACCUAAUCAAUCUAAAUCACCUACCGAGUACGAUUCUCCUUCGAUUCUACAUCAAAUCAAGUAUCUUGGACUACAGGAGAAUGUGCGAAUCCGACGUGCGGGUUUUGCUUAUCGGAAUACAUUUGAACAAGUUGUUCAACGUUUCUACCUACUGUCACCUGCUACAUCCUAUGCCGGAGAGUAUAUCUGGUCGGGAGAUCCACGUUCAGGCUGUGAGCGUAUCUUAAAGGACGUUGGUAUAGCUAAAGAAGAAUGGCAGAUGGGAACCACAAAGGCAUUCAUCAAGAAUCCAGAGACCUUAUUCGCUUUGGAGCACAUGCGGGACCGUUACUGGCACAACAUGGCAGCACGUAUACAAAGAGCUUGGCGAAACUAUGUAAGGUAUCGCCACGAAUGUGCUACCCGAAUUCAGCGAAUGUGGAGGAACAAUAAGGAAGGAAUCGUCUAUCAUCAAAUCCGAGAGGCUGGUCAUGCUGCUCUUGGCGGUCGAAAAGAACGUCGUCGGUUUAGUAUGCUUGGUUCUCGUAAAUUUCUAGGUGAUUAUUUGAAUGUGGGCGGAGGAGGAAAGGCAGGUAAGAGUGCAUUAGGACAGAUGUUGGCGACCAAGAUGGGAUUAUCAUCGGGUGAAAAUGUAGUAUUCAGUGGGAAAGGGCAGCUAUUGGUUUCGAAAUUAGGCCGAUCAAGUAAACCUUCCCCGAGGUUUUUGGUGCUCACUAACAAAGCUCUCUACAUCCUUGUCACUCAGCUGGUGGCGGGAUCAGAUGGGCAAAAGCGACAGGAUACCAUGGUAGAGCGGAAAAUCAAUACAUCCUCUAUCACAUCUGUCGGGCUGUCGAAUCUACGAGAUGACUGGAUGGCAGUGAACGUGGGCCAUAGCGAGGAACCGGAUCCUGUACUAUCUUGUAUAUUCAAGACUGAGCUUGUCACACAUCUUGUGCAGCAGUCUAAUGGUUCAAUAACUGUCAACAUCGGACCACUGGUACAAUUUCGAAAAAAGAAAGACAAGAUGGCAACUAUCAAAUUCCAGAAGGAUGAAACAAUACAGAAAUCAGAUGUUUACAAAAGUCACACUGUCUCUGUAGCUUCUGGCUUACCUGCAAGCAGUGUCUCGGCACCUGUUCCGAAGAAGAAACCUGGUGUCGUUCGCCCCAUCACGAGCGGCAAGCUUCUAAGGAAAGGUGGACCAUCUGAUAAUAAACCCAAACCACAAGCCCGACCAAUCCCUCAGAGCCGACCUCUUCCUGGCGGAUCCAAUGCACGUGCUCCAGGUAUGGGAGCUGUUCCUGGCCCACCACCACCACCUCCCCCACCAGUCACUUCGAGUCGACCGGGCUUUGUACCCCCUCCGCCCCCGCCUCCAAUUGCAUCUAACCGUCCAGGUUUUGUGCCUCCACCCCCGCCUCCCCCGGCACCUAGCCAAGCCGCAAAAUCCGCUCCAGCCUUCAAUCGGGCACCAGCUGUAGCUCCUGCGAAUUCAUCACCUCCCCCACGAAAGCCGCCGCCCAAGCAAAAACCGGAUGUUAUAAGAUACAAAGUUGUAUGUGCAUUCGAAACGGAGGAGGAUGGAGAGAUCCCAUUGUCGAUGGGCGAUUUGGUCGAAGUGGUCCAAGAAGAGGAGAACGGUUGGUGGUUGGUGAAAAAAGGUGGGCAGCAAGGUUGGGCACCAUCCAAUUAUCUUGAACUCGAGCGAUCAGCACCACCCCCACCACCUAAGAGGUCCCCAGCACCGCCACCGCCAGUAGCGAACAAGACUGGGCCGACGGCGAGUGCUGGGAUGGGUUACAGGAGUGCGGAUGUGUCAGCUGCGCCGGUAUCGGUAAUGCCUGGCAUGGGUCAUGCAAACGGACUAGCAGGUAUCCUUGCUGCCAAACGAGCUGCUGCUGAUGCACAAGACCAGUCAAGCUCUAAUUCACCACCAAGAAACUCUCAACCACCACCACCCCCAAAACCAAAACCUCCGAUUUUGGCACCUAAACCUGGUGGUAGUGGUACUCCACCUCCUGUACUUGCUGCUAAACCGCCGAGACCAGGAGUUGGUCAGAUGGACUUGGCAGCUGCGUUGGCUAAAAGAGCUGGAAGAACAAACAGUUGA